AUGACACCCCUCCCCGCCACCCCCGACCCAGCGCAAGCGAACCUCCUCCGCCGCCACUCGCGCGUGACCGUCACCCAGCUCCUCCGCGACGCCUUCGCCCGCAUCGACGUCGACCGCGACGGCCAAGUCGAUGCCCUCGACAUCCAGCGGGGCCUCCGGGUCGCCGGCGUGAACCUCUCGACUGAAGCGGCUGCCCGUCUCAUGCAGCGUCUGGACCCCCAGAACCGCGGCCUGCUGACGUUCGAGGACUUUGCCGCGCUCCACGACGCGUUCAUCUCACAGACGUUCCGCUCCUUCGAUCGCGAGCACAAGGGCUUUGUCGUGGACCAGGACCUCCAGCACGGACUGGAAGCUCUGGGCGUGCACGUGACGCUGCAAGAAGCGACGGAGAUGAUCCAGCAGCUGCGUCCACGGGACGCGCAUCGCGUCCAGGAAGCGGAUUUCAAGAUGUUGUACCUGCUCUUGCGGUCCAAGAUGGUGUCGACGACGGCUUUGGAGCACUUUUUGUGGGACCCGGACGUCCGGUUGCUGUCCAAGAACUGGUGGAAAGCCAGUGUGGAAGUGGGGGAGAGCGGCUUGCGGGCCCCGCUCCCUUCGCUCGUGGACAAGGACGGACGGGGGAAGAAAGUCUCGCCGCUUGUCAAGUUUCUAGGGGGUGCGCUCUCUGGGGUUAUUGAAGCUGUGGUCCUCACGCCGCUGGAUGUGACCAAGACGCGCAUGCAACUGGACAAGGUGGGGCAGUACCGUGGCAUGGUGGACUGUGGCAAGAAGCUCGUGGCGGCGGAAGGGCCCAAGGGGCUCUUUAAAGGCUUUACGCCCUGGACUGUCCACGUUGUGCUCAAGAACGGCACGCGGUUCUACUUUAAUGCCAUUUUCCGCCGCAUGUUGUCGGACCAGAAUGGACAGGUGAGCGGGGCUAACGAGUUCAUUGCAGGGGCACUGGCAGGUGCUACCGAAGCUGUGCUGAUUGUCACGCCGUUUGAAGUCAUUAAGACGCGGCUGCAGGGCCAGAAUAUUGUCAAGGGGGAGAUCCCCAAGUAUCGUGGUCCCGUGCACACUGCGACGACGAUUGUCAAGCGGGAAGGCCCGCUGGCACUGUGGAAGGGGUUGGCGCCGACGAUCGGCCGGCAAGGACUGAACCAGGCUUGUAGCUUCUGGUCCAACAACUUUAUCAAGAAACACGUGUGGAAGCUCCAGGAAGGCGACUCGCUGCCGGCGUGGAAAAGCGGGCUCACGGGUAUGAUCGGUGCCAUCCCUGGCCCGUGCAUUAAUUGCCCGAUGGACGUGGUCAAGACGCGGCUAAUGGCACAGGAGACGGCUGCAGGUGCAGGUGGCAAGUACAAGGGCAUGGUGGAUGCCAUGGUUGUGAUAGCCAAGGAAGAAGGCAUCACCGCACUGUACAAAGGUCUUGUGCCGCGUCUCACUCGAUUGUGCCCGUCGUACGGUAUUCAGUGGCUGGUCAUGGACAAGGUCACCGAGCACUUCUCCAAAAUCUAA